UUAGCAAGGAGACAGGUUUUUUAUUCCCUUGUAAAUUCUGGGUUUCUAGGCAGCGAUGGCAACGACAGUCGACAGAUUUCCAACCGCCGUAACCGUACGUGACAUGCACGGGACGGCCCCAAAGCAGCCGCGGGGGAGGCGCCCGCUGAUUGGGGGGCGAAGUGGGGCCCCUGGACGGCGAGUCAACGUCAGGCAGAUCACGACCCUCCACCUCCACCGCCACCGGCGACCGCGAGGAUAUAUUAAUAUUAUAUAUGUACUUUAUUAUACAUUAUAUUAUAUAGUGAAAAUGAGAUAGGGGGUGCCCUGCCUUGCCAGCGAUCGCACAUCCUGUGGAGGAGGGUAGUGGACUGGUGGCGGUGUGGUCUCCCUCGCAUCCGUUCCGCUUCCUCCUCUGUCCAGUGGCUGUGCAAGGAAACGAGGGAGGGGUGGGGGGCGCGCGCCGCGGCGCCGGAGACCGGGAUGGAGUGGCUGGAGAAGGACCUGCGGGAGAAGUUCGACCUGCCGCCCAAGAACCGCUCCGAGGAGGCCCUGCGCAGAUGGCGCGACGCCGUCUCCGUCGUCAAGAACCCGCGCCGCCGGUUCCGCAUGGUCGCCGACCUCGCCACGCGCCGCCAGAACGACCUCAAGCGCCGAUCCACCCAGGAAAAGAUCCGGGUCGCCCUCUACGUGCAGCAGGCCGCGCUCCACUUCAUCGAUGGUGGCAAGCACAAAGACUACCGGCUAACCGACGACAUUAUGAAGGCCGGGUUCUGCAUCAGCCCGGACGAGCUGGCGUCGAUCACGAGCAAGCACGACGCGAAGGCUCUGAGCAUGCACGGCGGGGUGGACGGGAUAUGCGCGAAAGUACGCUCGUCGCCAGACCGCGGCGUGUCCGCCGCCAGCGACGACGAUCUGGACGCGAGGCGAGCCGUCUACGGCGCCAACCGGUACGCGGAGAAGCCUGGGCGAAGCUUCUGGAUGUUCGUCUGGGACGCCCUGCAGGACGUGACGCUCGUCAUCCUGAUGGCCUGCGCUCUGCUGUCCGCCGCCGUCGGCCUGGCGUCCGAGGGCUGGCCCAGGGGCGUGUACGACGGCCUGGGGAUAAUGCUCAGCAUCCUGCUGGUUGUCGUGGUCACCGCUGUCAGUGACUACCGGCAGUCGCUCCAGUUCAAGGAGCUGGACAACGAGAAGAAGAAGGUGUCUGUGCAUGUGACCAGGGACGGGUGCCGGCAGCAGGUGUCAAUAUACGACCUGGUGGUCGGUGACGUCGUGCACCUGUCGAUCGGAGACCAGGUGCCCGCUGACGGGCUCUACGUCCACGGAUACUCCCUCCUGAUCGACGAGUCCAGCCUGUCGGGCGAGAGCGAGCCGGUGUACAUCUCUCGAGCCAAGCCGUUCAUCCUGGCAGGAACCAAGGUCCAGGACGGGUCAGGCAAGAUGCUCGUGACCGCUGUCGGCAUGCACACCGAGUGGGGCAGGCUGAUGAGCACGCUGAGCGAGGGAGGCGAGGACGAGACGCCGCUGCAGGUCAAGCUCAACGGCGUCGCGACCGUCAUCGGGAAGAUCGGGCUGCUGUUCGCCACGCUCACGUUCGUCGUCCUCAUGGUGAGGUUCCUCGUCGACAAAACCUUCACGGUGGGUCUCUCCAGCAGGUGGACUUCUGCGGACGCGUUGGCUAUAGUGGACUACUUCGCGACGGCGGUCACGAUCAUCGUCGUCGCCGUCCCUGAGGGCCUGCCUCUGGCUGUUACUCUGAGCCUGGCGUUCGCGAUGAAGAAGCUGAUGAACGAUAAGGCGCUUGUCAGGCAUCUCUCGGCGUGCGAGACGAUGGGGUCUGCCGGCACUAUAUGCACCGACAAGACGGGGACUCUGACCACCAACCAUAUGGUGGUCGACAGGAUAUGGGUGUCCGAGGUUUCAGAAUCAGUUUCCAGCAGUGGCAGCGGUCUGGAAGAUCUGAGCUCCGCCGCCGUCUCUCGGCCGGCCACACUGGGCCUGCUCCUGCAGGGCGUGUUUGAGAACACCAGCGCGGAGGUGGUCAGAGAGAAGGACGGCGGGCAGGCUGUUCUGGGAACCCCGACAGAGAGGGCGAUCUUGGAGUUUGGACUGAAGCUAGAAGCACGACGUCGUGAUGCUGGAGACAGGAGCUGCACCAAGGUCAAGGUCGAGCCUUUCAACUCGGUCAAGAAGAUGAUGGCGGUGCUGGUAUCGUUACCCGACGGCAGGUACCGCUGGUACGUCAAAGGCGCGUCAGAGAUCAUCGUGCAGAUGUGCGACGCCAUGGUUGACGGCGACGGGAACGGCGUUCCGUUGUCGGAAGCUCGGAGGAAGGACGUCUUAGGCACCAUCAACUCGUUCGCUUCAGACGCGUUAAGGACACUGUGCCUGGCGUACAAGGAAGGGGAUGGUUUCGGUGAGGAUGCAGAUAGUCCGGCAGGAGGCUUUACUCUGAUAUGUAUCUUUGGCAUCAAGGAUCCUGUGCGCCCAGGAGUCAAGGACGCUGUCAAGGCCUGUAUGUCUGCCGGUAUCGUGGUACGGAUGGUGACUGGUGAUAACAUCAACACGGCUAAAGCUAUAGCCAAAGAGUGUGGGAUACUGACUGACGGCGGCGUAGCGAUAGAAGGGCCAGAGUUCAGAAACAAAAGCCCAGAGGAGAUGAGGGACCUGAUACCUAAGAUCCAGGUUAUGGCUCGUUCUCUGCCGCUUGACAAGCAUACCCUUGUGAAAAACCUGCGAGGUAUGUUCAGGGAGGUGGUUGCUGUGACAGGCGAUGGUACCAAUGACGCUCCAGCAUUGCAUGAAGCAGAUAUUGGGCUUGCAAUGGGCAUAGCAGGAACAGAGGUAGCCAAGGAGAGUGCCGAUGUGAUAGUGCUGGACGACAACUUCACAACCAUAAUAAACGUCGCGAGGUGGGGCCGCGCGGUCUACAUAAACAUCCAGAAGUUCGUGCAGUUUCAGCUGACCGUCAACAUUGUGGCUCUGGUCAUCAACUUUGUCUCGGCAUGCAUUACAGGGAGCGCUCCUCUCACGGCGGUGCAGCUGCUGUGGGUCAACAUGAUCAUGGACACGCUGGGAGCUCUGGCUCUAGCCACGGAGCCUCCCAACGACGACAUGAUGAAGAGGCCGCCUGUCGGGCGCGGAGAGAGCUUCAUCACCAAGGUCAUGUGGCGGAACAUCGUCGGGCAGAGCUUGUACCAGCUGGCCGUGCUUGGAGCUCUCAUGUUUGGCGGGGAACGUCUCCUCAACAUCCAUGGCGCGGACUCCAAACCCGUUGUCAAUACGCUCAUAUUCAACUCCUUCGUGUUCUGCCAGGUGUUCAACGAGAUAAACAGCAGGGAGAUGCAGAAGAUCAACGUCUUCCGCGGCAUGUUCGGCAACUGGAUCUUCGUCGGAAUCAUAGCCGCGACGGUAGCGUUCCAGGUGGUGAUCGUCGAGUUCCUCGGCACCUUUGCGAGCACCGUCCCACUCGGCUGGCAGCUGUGGCUGGUGAGCGUCGGCCUCGGAUCCGUCAGCUUGGUCGUCGGCGCCGUCCUCAAGUGCGUUCCAGUUGAACCGGACGAUGGAGUUCGCGCCAGUCCAAAUGGCUACGCGCCGCUGCCCGGCGGCCCUGACAACAUAUAACAGCUGAGCCUGAGCGCCGGAGAAGGUACUGACGACGUGCUGAUUUUUUUCGCGUGAGGGAACCUCGUCGGAACCAACCAACCAACCACUGUCUAGGUUCAGUUUUAACAGAUUAUAUUAUGUAAAAAGAGAUGGUGGUGACCACAAGGCACCUCUAUUUUGAUGGGUCAUACUUAGGGGUCUAAAUUUUACAUUACAAACUUUAAAAGAUCAGUCGGACUUUAUUACUAUUCAUUUUUGAACUAAUCGGAUUGUGAUCCAUUACCACCCCUAGUCAUACUAGAAACAAAGCCUCUCACUAAUGGAAGUACAUUAAUUAA